GUUUCUGAGACUUCACUCCAAUGACAUCCGCGUCGUUCCGAUUCAACUUUGCAGCGACGGAUCAAAGCGACAACAGCGACGACACAGAGCUGGAUGCUCAGCCAGGCGACUUUUUCCAAGCUGCCGUGCAAGCGCAGAAUGGCACCGUCGGAGCUGUGCAGCUCACAAGCAACGAAGCGUUCAGCCGACUGAGCGCGGAGGAUCAGGCUCAGCUGUCUGCUGUCCCGCACGCGUUGGCAGAGCGCGCGCUGGAGCUCAUGCAGUCCAUGAAUGUCGGAGUUGCCCUGGCUCUGGCAAUUGCAACACCAAGCUUUGCACAGUCCGAACCUGACGCCGCCCCCAAGUUUGCCAGCCCACACCAUGGGAUGCACUCUCGCGAGAAUCGCGGAGGUCUGUUUGACGAAUACGCCACCAGUGGCAGCUCGCCGGCACGUCGGGCCGCCCAGUUUGCAGACGCGGUCACAAUCAGUGCCGAUCCGGGCGACGCUGCGCUGGAGCGCCGACCGUACAUUGAGCACGCCGUGACGCAGCUCGAUCUCGCAACAGCUGCAGAAUGCUCGCGGGCUGCUAUUCAAGUCUGCGAUGGAACGCUAGAGCUCAUGUUUAAAACAGCGACUGCUAUCGAGAUGGAGUUCAAGCAGGCGGGCGAGGAACAGGCGCUCGUCCGCGCUAUUGACGAGAACAUGGAUGUUGUUCCCGCCGUUUAUGAAGGUGGCUUGAAAGUUUGGGAAGCUUCGCUCGAUCUUCUGGCAUAUUUGCACCUCCACCCACCAGUCAUUUUCCGCGAUCAUCUUGUUUUAGAGCUCGGCUGUGGGACGGCUCUGCCCGGCAUUUAUGCUCUCAAAAGCGGAGCCUCGGUCAUGUUCCAGGAUUAUAAUGCAGAAGUUAUUCAACACGUCACCAUUCCAAAUGUGCUUCUCAACGCCGACCUCGAGGGAAUGGAUCCUUCGCGAUACAGGUUUUCGAGCGGCGAUUGGCGCUACUUGCCGGGGGCCCUGCAAGGAGCUGCUUUUGACGUGAUUCUGUCUGCAGAGACAAUUUACUCACCGGCCAACUACAACGCUCUCAUCACGGCGAUCCGUUCAUGCAUGAAAAAGCCUUCUGGACUAGCAUUGCUCGCUUCCAAGACCUACUACUUUGGUGUUGGCGGCGGCACACGCGAGUUCAUGUACGAGAUUCAGACCAACCACCCUGACUUGCAAUGCCAAGUGGUGUUUGCCCACGACGACGGCGUCAAACGCGAAAUUCUUUCCGUCAGCUGGUCUGGUGCUGCACCAAACCCAUUGUUGCAAAGCCACAGCAGCAGCAGCAGUAGUGCUGCCGCUCCUGAGGAAUACGCGAUGCAAUAACCCGCAAUGUUUCCGAUUGAUUUUUUUUUUUUGGUUGAGC